GCAUCCCAGGGCCAUGGCAGAGGGAGGCGCGGUUCAGGCGCUUCCUCCUCACAGGCGCGCGCAGGUCUUGCUCCAGGACAUGGCGGGCCUCACAGUGCGCCUUCUCGAGCUAGCCGGCAGCAAAUCGUGGCAAGGCAGCCAUCUCAAGAGCCUCUUUCCCCCUUUCCUGGCCGGAGCUCCCGUGCCCGCCGAGGGCCUGGUCGCCAACAGCACCAAAGACGUCCUGGCGCUCCUCGACUCGCAUCAAUCGCUUCUGUCGGACGCGGUGUCGGAGAUUGCCGAGCUCCAGAGCCUGGAGCAGGAGAAGCAGCGCAUCGCGGAGGCGGUGGCGGCCAAGGACGCGGUGAUCCGGGAGUUUGCCAAGCGCGUCAGGGACGCCGAGCAGGUGCUGGAGCUCACGCUGGAGGAAUUCGAGGAGUACAGGCGGCCAUCCAAGGAGAGGAAGACACUGGACGCCGAGGUGGACGUGGCCGAGCUCGUCUCGUACGCUCAUAGGAUCAGCUACACGACGUUUGCUCCUCCCGAUUAUCUUCUCGGUCAGCCCGGAGUGCUGGCUCCGGCUCCUCAGGAGCAGCAAAUGCGAGCUUCGCAGCUCUACCACUUCAGCGACAUGGAUCUGGGCGUGUUGAAAGCUCCGGCAGCCGCACUGCCACCAGCGCCAUCGCUGCCGUCGCCAACGGUGGAAAAAUCACCACCGAAAGAAGCAGCUGCAGGAAAGCUCACGCCCUCUACUUCCACUCCGGUUACCCUUCCCGGACUGCCUCCCGGAAUGAAGCUCCCACCGAUGCCUCCCGGAUGGAAGCCCGGAGAUCCGGUUCCACUGCCGGAAGUGGCACCGCCAGCUCCAGCUCUAGCGGCACCGGCUCCAGGAGUAAUCCAGGUGCCGUUCGUGCAGCUGGAUCUAAACCCGGAGCUCGAGGACGACUAUGCCUCGGACUACAGCAACGAGGAGCAAAGCUCCGAGGAAGAGUGAGGAACCAAGAUAAAGAAAGUCUCAAGAAAUCCAUGUCCUACUAGGAAGGAAACCUCGAGUUUGCAAGUUAAAAUCGAAACCUUGGAGGAAACAAAUGCUCGAUUCAACUCCGGGGGUAAGAACAGUCUUUUCCAGUUACACCAGUUCUCCGACUUCUUACGAAGCACGGACCUCAUGAACGCGAAGAAAAAGCUCUUGGUUUUGCCAGAAGAGAAGAUCUACCGGAAGGGGAAUUGCUGCCUCAGCGGUCUAAGCCGCUCUAAAACAUCCGACAUGGUUGGCCACGGGAUUAUCGCCGCGAUCCUGCCGAGCUCCCGCGGCACCUUGCGUGAUCCGGCAGUAGCCUCAGCCGGGGAUCCACGAUGGGGAGGACAUGGUUGUUCCUCACCAGCGGGACAAGCCACCCGACGAGAUCGCCGGGUACUUUCCCAACGUCCUGGACUUGAUGAUCUCCGCCAGGAGCAGGGCAAAGCAGAAGAUGUCCACCUUGACGGCGAGGUAGCCAUCCUGGGGCCAGUCCGGGUCGAGCAUCCCCAUCGAUCCCAGCGAUCCCAGCGUGCAUCUGCGAAGGUUCCCGAGGAAAAGAAUAGCUUCGCCGAUUCAAGGACGUGAUCAUCAAGCGCGGUAACGACCCGCCGCUACCCCGCCCAGAUCGCCAUCGUUCAUCGGGCCUCGACCGACCGGCGGCGAUGGUGGCGGGGAGACCCUCCUCGUGCUGCAAAUGCCCGGCCGCGGCACCCUCUUCGACGUCCUCCACCGCGGCGACCCGGUGGCGCCGCCGCUGUGCCUGCCGCUGCGGAUCCACCUCGCCUUCGCCGCCGCCAAGUGCGUCAAGACGGGUCUCUGGCAUUACGUUGUCUCUUUUUUAUCACGGCUGGUGGAUGUCCUCAGCUUGGAUUUGGCACACAGUUUCAAAGCUUCCACCCGAGAUCGUCCAGUACUUCACUGAGUCCACGGAUUAGAUCUUCUAGUGCCGGAGUUUUGUACGUGCAACUGUUUCAUGUAAGUCUCCUUGCUGUAUUUGUAAUCUUUUGUUCCAGGAAAUUGGACAUAGAUUAGCUGCA